AUACAAAUCACUAAUCCGACAAUAAUAGAAUUCAUCAAACACAAAGAUGAAUAGAAUACUAUCAACAAGAACGACAACAUUGCCUCGCACAAUAAGAAACUAUUCUGUGCGAAUUCCGCAACAGGAACUGAUUCCGCAAAACAAACCCCGGCUCUCACAAUUCACUACGGCAAUGACACACACUUUUUUAUUUGCAGGAAUAGCAUACAUGGGUCUUCAGGCAAUUUGGUUACAUUUAGAAUAUGAACAAGCUGAAGGUGAUUUAACUGCUAAAUCAAAAUCAUUGGAGGAAAAGAUUCAACUGAUUGUUGAUUCCAAGAAGGAAGAAUUGAUUCAAGUACAACAAACAAACAGCAAGCGUUGGUAUAAAUUUUGGUAAUAGUUAUAUAAAUUGUGUAUAUCCUGUAAAUAUAGAGUAACGAAGAUUUGCAAUAUUUAGAAAAUUUAGCAAAUUGUAAAAAACAUAUUAGAAGGCUAAAUGUUGUAUGUAAUAUUGCUGAAUGUGCGAAGGCAAGUCACCACUAUAACCUCUCCAGAAAAGAUCAACUAAUGUGCGGCUAGUUAAAAUUUUGCUUUCAAGGAGUGCAAUCGAAGAUAUUAAAGGUUCAUGAUCAACUGGAACAAUGUAAAACAGAUUCACUGUUUUGAACUUGGUAGUAGUAGCAACACCAUAUUUCCCUUUCAUAACCAACAACUUGUCAUCUUCAGCUAGAAAUACCUGAGGUAAAAGGUUGAUUGCCUUUGGUCUCCAGAAGUCUCCUGUUAAUAACUUUGAAUCUUGUACAAAUUGGUCAGCAAUCUCAAAAAAAUUUGUAUAUGUUGAAUCAUCGUUAGAGAGGUGAAGGUGGUUAUACUGUGAUAUGACAUGAAAAUAGUCUCUAAGUUGGAGGAAGAAUGCAAACGCAUGAUAUUGAAUACCUCCAUGUAACAAUAGAUAUAAUACAAUGUAAUCAUAGAUCUUAGCUACAGCUGGAUCAUCUUG